AUGUCUGCUAAUUUUGGCAUUCAAGAUAAUGAACACAAUAAUUUGAUGAUGGAAAAGCUUGAUGAUAUGAGGGAAGAAAAGCGUCUUUCUGAUUUUACGAUCAAAGUUGGAGAUGAAGAGUUUCCAGUUCAUAAGAAUGUAAUGUCUGCUGGUUCAGAUUAUUUUGAUGCUAUGUUGUCGCAUGCUAAUUUGGAAAGUAACACAGGAAUAGUUGAUAUGAAGGAGGUUGAUGUCGAUUCUGUGAAAGUUUGCAUUGAUUACAUUUACACUGGAAAUGCUUCAAUUACUUUGGAGAAAUGUGAACAACUACUCCAUGUUGCAAAUAUCAUGCAAUUGUCAAGAUUUUGCGAGAAGAUCACAGAAUUUCUCAAAGCGAGUUUGGGACCAAAAUCAUUCUUCGUUAUUCGACAACUCGCUGUAAAGUUCAAUCUAAGGGGUUUAGAACAAUCAUGUGAUGAGUAUGCUGUUGGCCAUCUUGGAUCCAUAGCAAAAGAAGUAGAAUUCAAUCAGCUUGAUAAAAAUUAUAUUGAGUUUUUGCUGACUCAUGAUAUGUCAUCAUAUUCGGAAGAUUCAAAACUCAAGAGUCUGCUACAAUGGAUCAAAUUUGACGUAGAGACAUGA